CCUCACUGCAAAGUUACCAUCAGACUCAUUCACUUAAUUUUGACCGGCCGUGGACUUGUGGAGUUCGGCGUCCUACAUCUUCGUCAGUCUUCAAUUAGUGAUAGAGACUCAUUCGCCUGCACUGUCGGAGGCGGAUCUUUAUUUUGCAGCCUCGUUCACGCACCCUGUCGACUUGUUCAAACCUCAGCCUCGCCCUCUUUCUCACAGCCCGCAAACCACAGCCCUCUACAAUCAUCCAUUCAGUCCAUUUCCCUGAUCCAUACUGCCAUUUCAGCCACCGGGUCACGGAGAUUUGCCUGUUCUGGCUCCCAAGGUCCACGUCGAAGAGCAGCAGCAGCACCAGGCACUCCAGCUGCGAAUCAUGUUCCGCCGUCUGCCCCAUACGCUCCCUGCGGACCCGGUGUUCGAGCCGGACCUCGCCAAGUUGGGCUUCUUCCUUAAUAGCGAGGACCAGGUCCGCUCGAUCAGCAGCCCGGACCGCAAGUGGCAGUACAAGAUCAACAGGAAUGAGCGGUGGAACGAGGUUCAUAAAUGGGCGAAUAAUACUGCGAUCCGUAAAAUCAUCUACGACCGGCUGGCCGAUCUGGGCUGCGAGACCGUCCGACUACCUCUCGGCGCAGGCGAGUCAGAGAACCACGUCCCCAUCAUCGUGUCCAAGGACAUAGCCACAAAGGCUCGAGUGACCGUCUUCUUCGGCGAGAGGAAUAUAGAACCAGGUAUUUUGACCUGGCGCGUGAUUGGCGAACGUGGCCUUAGCCACGGUUCGCUGGUCGAGUUCUCCAAGGCUCUCUUGUCCGUUCCAGUGCUCGAGACUGCUUCCGCUUCAGCCCCAACCUCAACGUUCGCGUCUGUGCCGGAUCUCAUCGUCGCAAAUCCAUGUCAGCUGCUCUGGUAUCGAGGUGGCGGACGGGCUGUGUCAACGCAAGAAUGGCUCGGCUUGCCCAGAGCGAGCGCUGUGCACGAGGCUCCACGAGUGGACAGCGUCAAGAAUAGUAUUCCUGGCAACAGGACCUACGUGGAGCACGUGUCUUACAUGUUUGAGAAGGCGAUUCCAAGCUUGGUCGACAAGGAUGCAAAACUGGAUCUUAUUGGGCUGGAGUACACUGGGUCCGCGGUGCUGGAAUAUCUUGCUGAGCACUGGGAAACAUGGUCCGGUCGCAUAAACGGCAUCUCUCUGGUCGCGCCCCAACACAAGGUGGCAGAUCUCAUCGCCGACGGCGCACCCAGCAACUUUAUCACCUUCUUGAGUAGACGGUGUCGAGCUUACUUCGUCUCUCAAUCACCCGUCGAGACACCGAUAGCUGGUCGACAGGAGUUUGGAUGCAACUGCUACGCAAGUGGAGAGCAUUCUUAUCAAGAGAGUGCGAUAGUCAGUUGUUGGAGGCACAUAUUAGAUUGGUUCAACAUGCUGUAUGUGAAUCAGGGCCAUGAGGAAGUCGAGUUUGAGGUGAUGAAGGAAGAUGAGGAGGUGAAGCUUGGUUGGUAGCCAUUGGCAAACGCGGCAGCAAACGGUGAGGGAGCAAGCAAUGCAGUGUAGUUGCAAGGGCCGUGAGAAGGCGAGGAUGCGUGGCCUUGGUCGACUGUUGUCGAAAUGGAGGAAGCUGCAUCGACCGGAAGGGUGAGCAGUUCAAGCCAGUAUCAGAGGUAGCCGCUGAAGCUUGAUUUGAGGCCAUAGUUAGACGACGGCGCUGCAGAUGACAAGGGGUUGACAGAGAGCAUGAUUCAUGAAUGACGAUACAAGACUUACAUUGAUGUUAUCCUCCACCAGCACUGGUAUGAGCCAGAGGCGAUGGAAAAAGUGGCCGUCACUGUAAGGCUCGAGUA